AUCGCCUUUUGUCAUGCCUACCGAAAUCGGCAACAGUUUUCUCAGGUAGCGUAGAAAACUGAAGGCAUGCAGCUGCCAAGUCAUACCGACCCUGACGCCGCCGGCCGUGACCUUUUGCCAAACUGCUGGCAGCCGCUCUUCAUCUUCCUCUCUUCUUGGCCUCCCUCCGAUAUCCUCUCACUCUCUGAUUGUGCAUGCCAUGCUGGUUUAAUUUCCCCCUCUGCCUCAACUUAACAUCGUCGAUCUGGGUGCCAGCAUGUUGUUCACCAACUUCCUCAAGACGCACCAGCAGCUCCAGAACGACAAGCUCUUGCUGCUUCCCAAGAGGCAGCUGGUCACCUACGCCCUCUACGCGCUCAUCGCCGUCGCGCUCCUCUACCUCUUCGUCGACCCAGCAGCUCCGGCACCGUCUGCGCCGAAGCCAUCAUCAGUGGCGGCGCCGUGGGUACAGGAGGAGGAGGAGCUGCUGCCGCCGCCAUCUCCAUCUCCUCCUCACCAAGGAGAUGAAAGGUGCGACUACUCCGACGGCGAGUGGGUGCCGGACCCACGGCCGCCGCCCUACAACGGCACGGCCUGCGAGGCCAUCAAGGACGGCCGCAGCUGCAUGGCGAACGGGCGGGCGGACACCGGGUACCUCCACUGGCGGUGGCAGCCGCGGCGGUGCGGCCUCCCGGACUUCUCGCCGGAGGCGUUCCUGCGCUGGCUCGGCGACCGGCACAUGGCCUUCGUCGGCGACUCCCUGGCCCGCAACCAGGCCGAGUCGCUCGUGUGCCUGCUCUCGGCCUGGUCCCCGCCGGAGCUCGUGCACCGCGACCCCGAGGGCAGGUUCCGGCGGUGGGUGUUCCGCGAGCACAACGCCACCGUGUCCAUCUUCUGGUCGCCGUUCCUGGUGAAGGGCGUCGAGAAGUCGGAGCACACCGGCGUGCGCUACAACGAGCUGUUCCUGGACGCGUUCGACGAGCGUUGGAUGUCCCAGCUCGGCGCCAUCGACGCGGCCGUGCUGUCCGCGGGCCAGUGGUUCCGGAUCCCGAGCAUCUACCACGAGGGCGGCGGGGUCGUCGGCUGCUACGGCUGCGCGGCGGAGCUCAACCACACCGAGACCAGCUUCUUCGCCGUGUUCAGGGACGUGGUCGGCCGGACGCUCGCCGAGAUCACCCGGCGGCACGAGCGCGGCGGCGGCGGCGACAAGCCGCGGCUGGUGGCGCUGGCCACGUUCUCGCCGUCGCACUUCGAGGGGGAGUGGAACAAGGGCGCCCCGUGCACGAAGAAGCGGCCGUACAGGAAGGGCGAGAAGGAGCUCGGGUACACCGAGACGGAGAUGAGGAAGAUCGUCGUGGAGGCGGCGGACGAGGCCGGGGCUGCGGCGGCGCCGGCCGGCCUGCGGUUCGCGGCGCUGGACGUGACGACGCUGGCCAACAUGCGGCCGGACGGGCACCCGGGGCCGUACAUGCGCAAGAACCCGUUCGCCGCCGGGGAGGGCCGGCCGGUGCAGAACGACUGCUUGCACUGGUGCAUGCCCGGGCCCGUGGACACGUUUAACCAGAUACUGCAGCAGACCAUUCUCCGGUGAUCCUACUUGUGUUGAGGAUUGUAUAUGUGAAACAUUUAGACUUGAUCUGGCCUGUGGGGAAGUUUUGUUUUCGAAUUAAAUACAAAUGUAAAACUACUUCUAACUUCCGGAAAAGCAUCUUCUUGCCUUCUUAUCUGGAAGAAAUAUUUUGGAAGCUGUGGUAAUCUUGCAUGAAA